GGUCAGCAUUUACAUCCUUUUUCUCUGCAGCUCAAUUUAAACUCUUGUCACCUGUGAAUGGGGGAGCAUUCAGAGUGGGAGAGAGUCAAGUAGACACCAGUUCCAUUACAACAGGAUUUCUACCUGGCUGGGACUUAGUAAUGGUUUCAUUGCUUGAAGAUCAACCUAAUAUUAAAUUCUCUUCUUCGGACUUGCUGGAAAGUGACCAACAAGACAACCUCAUGCAGACACAAGGGAGCCCAAGCUCCUCAGCUCAGCAAACUGAUAAUCCCACUUUCAGUUGCCAAUCAUAUGAUCCAGACAGCAGGACGGAAAGAAAGAGUUCAGAAUCUUCUCACAGCCCAAGCCCCUCUUCUCCAACCCAGGACCAAACCCAGGGGAGAUUUCCUUCCAACCAAGGAAUUCACACUGGCAAGUGCAAAUUUAAAGUCUCUCCCAAUGCUGAGAAAUUCAGAAGAUUUAGUUAUGAGGAAUGCACUGCUGCAAACUAUGGCAGGUUCAUCAAGGGCAGCAGAAGCCCCUUCCACCCUUAUAAGAGGGAGCUCAGUGAAGAUGCCUUCCAAGAAACUCAUCCAGCCCUUACCUUGGAGGGGAAUUCCUUCCAAAAUGCAAGAAGCACUGAGGGUUUUGAAGAGCUACCAGGAUCUACAGGCACUGGAGAGUCAGAAUCCUUUCCUACACAUAUGCAGAACAUUUCCACAGAACCAACAUGGUGCAACAAUCUCCAGUACAACCCUACAAGCCAAGAUCAUGUUUCCCAAGUCAUGCAGGAUUCAGAGGUCAAGCUUAAGACAUCUCCACUGGAAGGGCAGCAGAGUCUGUACUGUUACCAGCCCCAAGUGCAGCAGAUGUACUGUCCUUCACAUCAGUUUCACCAGUACUCCUCAGGAGGAAGUUACCCCGUAACCUACAUUGCUUCAUCGCAUUACCCGUUCCAGAGAAUCGCUCCUCAAGGGAGUCAAGAAUCCCAGCCACCUCUGUUUCCUAAACCCAUCUAUUCCUACAGCAUCCUGAUCUUCAUGGCACUGAAAAACAGUAAAACUGGGAGUCUCCCAGUCAGUGAGAUUUACAAUUUCAUGACGGAACACUUUCCUUACUUUAAGACAGCACCAGAUGGUUGGAAGAACUCUGUUCGCCAUAACUUAUCCUUGAACAAAUGCUUUGAGAAAGUUGAAAACAAGUCAGGUGGCUCUUCUCGGAAAGGUUGUUUAUGGGCACUGAAUCCAGCCAAAAUUGAUAAGAUGCAGGAAGAGCUUCAGAAAUGGAAGCGGAAAGAUCCAGUUGCUGUGAGGAAAAGUAUGGCAAAACCAGAAGAACUUGACACACUGAUAGGAGAAAAGGCUGAAAAACUAAGAUCUUCAGCUAUGUCCUGCAAUCCAACUGGUGUAGCAAGUUCAACAGUUUCCAGACAGAUGUCAGUCCAGCAACAUUCUCUGUGUGAGCCAACCCUGUCAUCCAGUAUCCCACAGCUUUUACAUACUAUUCACACAACAGGACCUCUGUGUGCCAAGAACCCACUGCCAAGUUUCCUUGGGGGGCACCAAACUCCAUGUUUUACAUCACCCCAGGCUUUCCCUCAGAUCUCGCCUACCUUAAUGCAACAAUCACCCGAUAUCCCUCACAGCAUCUUCCCUUCUGCAAACGCUCAAAGUGAACUGAGAGCACAACCUAGCACCACACAAGACUCACCCCUGCCAGCACAGACCCCUCCCAUAGGCAGUAUGAAGAUGCUAACAGAGCACUCCACAGCCAGGACAAUGCAGGACACACUCAUGCAAGAAGCAGACAUGAGCAAUGAUAUCGAUGCUCUUAACCCUUCCUUGAUUGACUUUGAUCUCCAAGGAAAUCUUUGGGAAGAGCUGAAAGAUGACAGCCUGGCAGUGGAUCCCUUGGUUCUCAUUUCAACAUCCCCAAUCUCCUCUCAGUGCUUCCCUUCUCACUGUCAGAUGGAUAGUAACAGCAGCAGCAGCAGCAGCAGCAGCAGCAACCUCACCAUCCAGAAUAGCGCUCCACAGAACAGCUUACCUGAUCUACAACUCACGACUCUUUACUCUGCCUUUAUGGAACUGGAUACGGUGUCCACAGCCUACUUGAAUAAUUCUGGAUCCAAGCCUAUAGCACUGGUGUGAACUCCAAACCAACAGAGUUAUGUUACUUUUGUCCCAAUGCAAUUUCAAGUCAUCACAUUGUUUUACUUACUUUCACACCUUCAAGUAAAAUAAAUCAGAAUUGUGUCCAUUUGAUUGAGAACUAUCUUUCCCCAUCAUAACUGGUCUGCAGGAAAUUCAAGACUACUCUAAUACUACAGUUAGUAUUUGUUUAAUGUAGAAAAAUAGAUGGCUCACUAGUUUAAAACAAAGUGAUGCUGACCAAUACAGCUAUUAAUAGCUCAGUCAAGCCAUCCAUCUUUUGUGUCUUCAUGAAACAACUUAAGGUAUGUAUAUACUUGCCCCUUAGUUUGAACUAGAGAGGCAAAUG